UGUGGAACCUUGUUGGCUGCUAGUAAUAUGAGACUAACAAACAGAAUGCUGACUGUGUACCCAAGACUUGGUGGGCCACUUUAUAAAGUGGAUCAGGUACCAGAGGAAUUCCAUGAGUCUUUCAUCGUCAAGGGUUACCGCAAUCCCAAAAGCUCUGCCAUCCAAUGUAUCCUUAGUGUAUUUGAUGCAAACAAUGAGACGCUGAACUUUUGGACGCACUUUUUGCCCUGCUGGUACUUCCUCUGGGUGCUGAAGGGUCUCUCUGAGGAAAUAGACUUCUGGAAUGACCCUUAUAGUUGGCCACUAUUGACGUAUAUGCUUGCAUCAUGUGCAUUUCCUAUGGCAAGUGCGAUAGCCCACGUUUUCAACACCAUGUCUGACAAAGCCCGCCAUGUGUGUUUCUUCGUGGAUUACGCUGCAUUGAGCGUCUUCACCUUUGGCGUUGCCGUUUCUUACCGUGCCUAUGUCUUUCCUGAUGCUCUUCGGCAGACGGUGUCAGUGAAUGUGUUUGUCAUCGGUGCUGUGGUGAAUGCCAUGUUGUGUACAGUGGUCUCCUGUCACAGCCGUUUUAUGACCCCAAGUCUCUACCCAAAACUUCUGCGCAUCAGUGCAUUUGCAGCGCCGUACUUCUACAACUGCAGCCCUGUCAUCUACCGACUGCUGUAUGGGACUGCGGAGGAAUUGGCGAUGGAAUCCCAGUACUAUCACUUCCGGCAGUUCAUAUUCAUCGCGACAUCCGCCUUUUUAUACGUAAGCCACAUUCCUGAGCGCUUUUAUCCGGGUUGGUUUGAUAUUGUAGGACACAGUCAUCAGCUAUUUCAUGUGUUCACCAUACUGGCCCUCUUAGAUCAGAUGCGAGCCACAUUGAUGGACCAAGAACAUCGACGUCCUUACAUAGACUCCAUCAGGGAUUAUCCGUCUGCCGCCAUGUGCCUUGGACUGACCAGCCUUGUUGUGCUGCACAAUGCCCUUAUUGUCCUCUACUUUUCCUUCAAGCUGGACAACAGCCAGUCCAAGACGUCCACCAGCCAAACCAUGCUCAGUGAGCCAGCCAAGCUUGUCCAGACUAAAGAAGAGAAAUCUCUCUAGCCAACAGUAGUAACAUAUGUAUAACUAUACAGAUAUAUAUAUAUAUAUAUAUAUAUAUAAGGAAAUCAGUUUUUGUAAUAUUUUUGUACUGAAUGCUUUAUUGGUGAAUGUUUCUAGAGUAAUCUGUAUUUACAAGAUUCAUAGAGUUUCUAAUUAUAGGUAAAUUCUUACGUGUAGCUUUUGUUUCCUUAUUCUCAAGUUUACAAGAACAAAUGUUUUAUAGAAUACAUUAUAAGCUUUCCACUAUCUUUACUGAGCUAAAGGGACCAAACAUACCUAGGAUACUGCUGCUGUUGAGACGUCUUUCUGUUGUGUUUUUCAUGAGGAUGUGUAAUUUAGCAUUUAGCGUGUGCUGUGUUUGUGUGAAAUAUGCACAUCAUAUAUGCAUGGACUUUAGGUUCCCCAGGUAAACAAAACAGGUAUUCAUUUUGUUAAUGCUAGUUGUAGACAUACAUGUAGGUAAAGACUAGUAGUUUUCAUGUGUAAGCUACAUAUUCACGUGCAUGUGCAAGGCGAGAACAAAUAAGUGCUAAUUAGGUUUUUGGUAGGAUCUCACUGUUUAUGCCUGUAGAUACAACUAUUAUUCACAUUUAACAUAGUUUUAUGCUCUAGAGCACAGUUUGUAAUAUUUUGCUGAUUGUGUGUAGAUUUUUUGUUUGUUUUGAUUUUUAACUUGCUCUGUUUCUACAAGUCUUUAUAAGAAACACACUUGAACAUAGGCCUACCUCAGUAAUAAGCAAAUUAUUUUAUUUCAUGCUCUCUUUGCUCAUUCAACAUCAGGAACAAAUGCAAACUUGUAGUGUAAGCCUUACCUGUGAUCUUACAAGAAAUUUCAUAUUUAUCUUAAUCCAUGAAGACAUUUUUUUGACAUUCAGUUAAUGUUGAUGUUAAAAUGAAGUGCUGCUAAGCAGUUAUACAACUUGAGAUGUGAAUUGUUCAUAGAAGCUUGAGUGAAUGUUAUUUGUAUGCAGGAAAUCUACUCCAAUGAAGACAUUUCUGCAGGUUUUGUUUUUACUUUGUUCAAGGGUUGUUUUAAACUGAACAGAUCAAGUUUCAGGUGCCAGACAGGUCUUUGUACACAUUCCAUGUUAACUUUUCCUAUAAGGUGUUACCUCCCCUGAUUUUGUACGACCAGAUCUUGUGACCAGUGUGAUGUAAGGUGACUUGUUCACAAAGUUUGACAGUUUUUACAUCUUGACAACUUUGACAAUGACUUUCAAAAAAGUACAUACGAUGUGGAAGCAGUUAUUUGUUUUAUCACUGCAGUAGGAACAUUUUGUGAGCGCACAAGGGGAGAUAUUUACACUUAUAGGAAUAGCUAAUAAUCAAAGUAAUCAGUCUGUGGACUGAGUGUGACUAACGAGAUAUAUUAUUCUCCAUGUUAAUGAAUAUGAUAUAUUUACUUGUUAUUUAAUGUUCAUUUAUGACAAAGCAGGGUUUGUGAUUCUGAUUUUCCACCGGUUACAAAUUUAUGUUUGUAGAUAAUGUUAGUCCUGAGAUAGAUGUGUUAUUUAGUACACGUGUAUAUACUGUAGGACCUUACUGUGUUAUGAGUGUUAUUGUCUGAACUCAGCUUGUGCAAACUUAGGUUAUUUUUCGUACCUGAUAUUUCAUUAUUUUGCAUUUGAAAAAAAAAUAUAUCAAAACCUGGUGAAAAUAAAUAUACAUGCAGUUAUGGGAUGAGAAUUGAGCUGGGUGGGGCAAAGGAGGAAAUAGUUGAUGCCUGUUCAGCCUAAAGUUUUAUAAUAUGAACAUGUAUGGUAACCUUACAUGAUUGCACCAUUCAUCACAUGUCAGCUCACUCUGAUGACAGGUCAGGUAAAUAUGAAAGAUAGGUGCCAACUUACCAGAAUUUCAUUACCCGUUCUAAAUUCGUGUUUAACCACCAUGCAAGACCUAUGAACCGUAUUUAAGCUUUAUAUAGCUGUGGAUGUCAUCAAAGAAAAUGACCAGAAAUCUGCCAGGAAAUAUGAACAUCAUAUUGAAACAAGACAGCAUUCAACUCGAUCUAAACAUGUAACAUAUACAUGUAACUAAAUUUAUUAGACAUGCAUGUUAUAAUCAUUGGGAGCAUAUAUACACAGCCUAAGUGACAAUAAAUUUUGUCCAUAACUAGGCUGCCCAUUUUUCCUGAUUCGGAGAGUUAUUUUGAUGGUAGAAAGGUGUUUUGAGGUUUGCUUGGAACAUGGGAUGAUUCUGGUGAAAAAUUGUAAGUUUCAUCGCCAAAAAUGAUAUUUUGUGACACUUACUUACCUCUAAAAAUGCACUUUUGUGUAGAAAUUAGGUAAAUGCUGCUAUUAUUCCAAUAGGUCUCUUCAGAUCCCCACCCUACAAAAAUUAUUUCAAAUAUCCUUUCCCCUAUGCUUUGCUCAGCCUUUAAAAACAUGUAAAAAGCAGUGCACUUCAUAAUGCAGUUGGAUAUGGAGCUUUGCUUGAUAUCUGUAUCAAAUGCUUUUCAAUCUUCAGGAUGCAUAAAGAAUAUAUCACAACUAUAUAUAUAUAUAUCUUUUCAGGAUAAUGCGAGUUAUUUUCAGUUUUUGAAUUCAUGAACUAUUUUCUUACAUUUUAUACAGGAUCUUAUCAAAACCUUGAUCAAAAACAAAGUUAUCAAAACCUAUGGCUUGAUCAAAAACAAGAAAGCUUUUAUUUAGUUCUGGCAUAUCCAGGUCUUUGAUGUGUUUAUUAUUAUUAAUUUCUAUGACCCUAUAACAAAUUUAAUGGUAAUAUUUGAUAUUUUGUAGUGUUACGACUUCCGUUAAUUUAUUCAUGCAUUUACUUUUUACAUAAGUUUCUAAGCUGUUUGUUUAAGAACUGUUGUAUGUGCAAACAUCAAAAGCAAAACUGAAUUCUCACAUAUAUAAGUCUUUAAUGUAGCAAUGAAAGUGCUUCACAACAGACCAGUUGUUCAGAGGUGUUUUAAAGUUAAACUUUGAUUAAAUUCUGAUGCCCUUCUCGUCGUGAUACAAAAGUAAAAGGACUUCAGUCAAGAUUAAAGUUAAUACUGAGUUUAUUGCAUUUUGGAACAAAUGAGUUAAGUGCUGUUUGGGAAUCUACCUUUGUACGUUCAUUUUGUUAGAAGAAUCGAAUUGUAGAAACUUGUGUACCUCAUAAAAUGAAAUGGCCACCAUUGAAAUGCGGUUCUUGCCCACGAUAUGUAGGAGCUUGUCUGUGAUGUUUUCAGCCAGUGUCCAGAUGAUGUUUUUGAGUGUGAAAACAUGUGAUAAGUGUGGUUCAUGUGACUCAAAUGUAUAAUGAUUUCUGCUGCAUUCAAUAAAAAAAUCUGUUUUUAUUCACAUUCUGCUGUGUUCUCAUUACUAAAUCCACAACAUCAACUCCAGGCUCCAGUAUC